CGCGUCACCAUGAAGCUCCGUGUAGACCGGAAGCGGCGCUAAUACUGCGGCUGGAUACACAGUAGGGCGUGACAUACGCGGAUGCACAUGUGUCUGUGCUGUUACAGUAUUUCUCAUACUGUAACCCUAGCCCUAUCCUGACUAGCGGAGCCAGUGCUGAUUCCCAGUGCAUGCCCGCAGUGUCUGCAUUGCAGCAUUAGCGAGAUCGCUGUAUAUUCCAUUCCUUAUACGUUACACCGAGUGAACAAGGAUGCUUAUCCCACAGCUGAAUAAAGAUACAGUACGGAUGAGGGACCCAGAAAGGGUUCGAGAUCUGAUCUUGGCAUUGCAAAAUGGGGGCGAUGAGAAAUUACAGGUAAUUUCUGACUUUGACAUGACAUUGAGCCGGUUCCAAUAUAACGGAGAGAGGUGUCCUACUUGCUACAAUAUUAUCGACAACAGCAAGAUCAUUAGUGAGGAUUGCAGAAAGAAGUUAAAAGAUCUUUUCAACAUCUACUACCCUCUUGAGAUUGACCCAAAUCGGACCAGUCAAGAGAAGUACCCACUCAUGGUGGAAUGGUGGAGUAAAGCGCACACACUCCUCUGUGAACAAAAAAUUGAGAAGCAAAAGCUGGCACAGAUUGUGAAAGAGUCCCAAGCUAAACUAAGAGAAGGUUUUCAGAUUUUCUUUGACUCUCUACAUCGAAGCAAAAUCCCCCUCUUUAUAUUCUCUGCUGGCAUUGGGGAUGUUCUGGAGGAAAUUAUCCGUCAGGCUGGUGUCUAUCACUCCAAUAUUAAGGUGGUCUCCAACUACAUGGACUUUGAUGAUGAUGGUUUUCUGACUGGAUUUAAGGGUGACUUAAUCCACACAUACAACAAGAAUAACACUGUACUAAGAGACACUGAAUAUUUCCAACAUAUUAGCAACCGCAGUCAUAUUCUUCUCCUUGGAGAUACUCUGGGGGACCUCACAAUGGCUGAAGGAGUCACCAACAUGGAAAACAUUCUUAGGAUUGGUUUCCUGAAUGACAAGGUCGAGGAGCUGACUGAGCAGUUUCUACAGUCCUAUGACAUAGUCCUUGUCAGAGAUGAGACACUGGAUGUUGUGAACGGCAUUCUAAACUUCAUUACCACCAAGAACUAAUUACCUCCAACAGCCCGUUAUCUACCUUCCACAUAACAAAAGUAUUCUAGAUGAGCUUAGUUCGGUCGUGAAGGCCUUGUUAUAGCUGAUCUGAAAUACCUUUUAUUAUGGUGGACCUUUCGCCUUUUUUUGAUGCUUUGUCAGUAAAUAGUGAUGUGCAAGAUGUUUUCUUCAGUUCCUCCCUGCUCUGCUGGCAGUGUCACACGGUACCACAGGCAUUCCUUCUUCGGGCACUGGAGAAGCGAAGUCUGCAGUUGUGUAAGAGAAACAUGAUUUCCAUUAUUGUAGCACUGUAAACAUUACUGCAAGUGUUUAUGCUCAGUUUUUAAUCAGUCUACUAGAAUUAUUUUAAAGCAAUCAGGCCCACUUUAGCAAGCUGCAUUUAGACUUUUAGAGGAAUAUGCACGGUAUGCUAUAACAUCUGCCUCAUGGAGUGCCUACAUUUGUCUUCCAGAUGACAUCUAAAAAUAAAAAAAAACUUUAAUUUGCCAUUCGUAUGACUUGAUUUUUCUAAACUGAUUAUUAUUCAUUGCUAACAGACUCCACAAGUUCAUGUGCCAUAGCAUAUAUUUAGCAAUGUCAGAUGGUAAGGUUGGGAGAGAUCCCACAGGGACAGCGUAUAACAAAACAAGCUUAUUACCCAAAUUAUGAUAUUGGUGCUAAUUUUAGACAUGCCCUAUAAAACAUUUCAUUUUCAGGAACUUUUUAAUUAUGUAAAAUGAAUAAAUGUACCUUU